CUAUAUAUCUGACCUCCCAUCCUUCCAUGACCCCCGUGCCAAAGUUUGAAGAAGAUUCCAGCUAGCAUCUCCCCACCUUUCUAGCUUCCCAUUUCCAUUAGGUAAGGGAGGAGAGACAAGACGAGAUGGAUGCUGCUUCCACAAUCCCCAUGGCUACUUUGCUUCUAGCCUUAUGCACUCUUUCAGCACUGCCGGAGAUUUCAUCCGCAAGCAUAACGAGACACUACAAAUUUGAUAUAAAAAUGCAAAACGUGACGCGGCUUUGCCACACCAGGAGCAUCGCGACGGUGAACGGGAGGUUCCCAGGGCCUAAAAUUGUGGCUAGAGAGGGUGAUCGCGUAAUUGUCAGGGUGGUUAACCAUGUCAAGAAUAAUGUCACCAUUCACUGGCACGGGGUUCGGCAGCUACGAACUGGAUGGGCUGAUGGGCCGGCAUAUAUGACCCAGUGCCCAAUACAGACGGGCCAAAGCUACGUCUACAACUUCACGAUCCUGGCCCAGAGAGGCACGCUUUUUUGGCAUGCACACAUCUCUUGGAUGAGGGUCACCCUCUAUGGACCCAUCGUCAUCCUUCCCAAGCGUGGCGUUCCUUACCCAUUCGCCAAACCGUACAAGGAAAUCCCCAUUAUCUUUGGAGAGUGGUUUAAUGUGGACACUGAGGCAGUGAUUGCGCAGGCUCUCCGGACAGGUGCAGGCCCAAAUGUCUCCGAUGCUUACACCAUUAACGGGCUGCCCGGUCCCUUGUACAAUUGUUCGAAAGCAGAUACGUUUAAGCUGAAGGUGAAGCCCGGGAAGACAUACCUCCUUCGCAUGAUCAACGCUGCACUCAACGACGAGCUCUUCUUCAGCAUCGCCGACCACAACCUCACCGUCGUCGAGGUCGAUGCCAUCUACACGAAGCCCUUCAACAGCGACAUCGUCCUGAUCACACCAGGCCAGACCACCAACGUUCUCCUCCAAACCAAGCCCAGUCUUCCCAGCGCCACCUUCCUAAUGGCUGCCAGGCCCUAUGCCACCGGUCUCGGAACCUUCGACAACACAACCACCGCCGGCCUCCUCGAAUACCUACCCCCUACCUUUUCCCUUCCAUCAACUCUUGCUGAGAACCUCGCGCUCCUCAAACCAACCCUGCCAUCACUCAACGACACCGCCUUCGCCGCAAGCUUCAGCAGCAAGGUACGCAGCUUGGCGAACGCUCAGUUCCCAGCAAACGUGCCGCAGACCGUGGACAGGCGAUUCUACUUCACGGUAGGCCUCGGCACGAGCCCGUGCCCGAGGAACCAGACCUGCCAAGGCCCCAACGGCACCAAGUUUGCCGCUUCCGUCAACAACAUCUCAUUCGCACUACCGAGCACCCCCCUCCUGGAGUCCCACUUCUUGGGGCAAUCGAAGGGGGUCUACACGACCGACUUCCCGAACAACCCUCCUUUCCCGUUCAACUACACGGGGACUCCACCCAACAACACCCUUGUGACCAACGGGACCAAGGUGGUGGUGCUCCCCUUCAACACAAGCGUGGAGCUGGUCAUGCAGGACACCAGCAUUCAAGGGGCCGAGAGCCAUCCACUGCACCUCCAUGGCUACAACUUCUUCGUAGUGGGCCGAGGGUCCGGGAACUACGAUGCGUCCAAGGACCCAGCCAAGUUCAAUCUAGCGGACCCCAUCGAGAUGAACACCGUCGGAGUGCCCGCCGGCGGAUGGGUCGCCAUCCGGUUCCGGGCCGAUAACCCUGGUGUGUGGUUCAUGCACUGCCACCUGGACGUGCACACGAGCUGGGGCUUGGGGAUGGCGUGGGCGGUGAACGAUGGGCUGCUCCCCAGUCAGAAGCUGCUACCACCACCGUCCGAUCUUCCCAAGUGUUGACCUUUGACCACCUGGUCUGGACUCGCUUGUCUUUUUGCCUUUUUCCUCCAUAAAAUUUGGUUUCCUGCAGGCCUGUUCGUAAAUUAUUCCUCUCCGUUUGUUUUCCCUCUGUUACCAACUUAUCAUAAAAAAAUUUUCAUCUGGAGCGUGCUCUUUUGGGCAAACGCGGGAUGGGCACUAGUUCAUAUUUUGCAAGGGAAACAUGUCAUCAAUUGGGUGAUAUUGAUCCGCUUCUUCCCCCAUCAUUCUCCA